GUUCGGUGCAUUGUGAAAAGGACUUCAGCGGGCGAGCCCAGAUGGCUACGAGGAUUCUUGUCUUGCCUUCCCCCAGAUGCCUGCAUGACGAUCCCGUCCAGAUUAAAAUAGAGGGUCUCUUGCCGCUGCAAGAGGUCACGAUCCGAGCAUCCCUGGAAGAUGAAAGCGGGGAGCUCUUCCAGUCGUUUGCUUUCUACAGGGCAGAUAACAGUGGAACAGUUGACCUCAGCUGUUCUGCUUCGCUGGGAGGCAGCUACUUGGGGGUAGAGCCCAUGGGCUUGUUGUGGUCACUGGCAUCCAAGACCCCGUUCAAGCGGCUGGCUAAGAAGAACGUCCUCACCCCUUUCUGUGUCAUCUACGAGGUGUAUCAGGGGCGCGGAGUCACCAGUGCGCUCCUGAGCCAAUGUCGCAGCGAGAGGUGGUUUCUGGCCGAAGGUGUGCAAAGGUUUGAAGUGCGAGAAGGCAGGCUCAAAGCCACGCUCUUUCUGCCUCCUGGACCUGGACCAUUUCCAGGACUCAUUGACUUGUAUGGAUCUGGAGGUGGUCUUGUGGAAUACAGAGCUAGCCUUUUGGCAAGCAGAGGCUUUGUUACCCUGGCUCUCGCUUACCUGGCCUUUGAGGAUAUCCCAGCUUUCCCAGAGUACCUUGAGCUGGACUAUUUUGGUGAAGCAGUAGAGUUCUUGAAGAAACAACCACAGGUGAAAUCUACGGGGAUUGGCGUCCUGGGACUCUCUAAAGGAUCAGAUCUCGCCCUUGCUUUGGCUACAUUUUGGCCAGGCAUCAGAGCAGCCGUCAGCAUUUCCGGCUUGGGUGUUAAUUCUUUUACCGCUUUGCGUGUGGGGGAGCUCACUAUUCCUGCUCAUCCCUAUAACCUGGAAAAGUUGAAGGCCAUUGGUGAUUCUGGAACUGUGGACUUCUCCGAAAUAAUGGAAGAUCCUAGGGACCCAUCAACCUGGCAAUGCCGCAUCCCUGUAGAGCAGUCCUUAAGCAAGUUCCUCUUCCUGUCAGGGCAGGAUGACAGAAACUGGCAAAGUGAGCUGUACUGCCAGGAAGCGGUUCGAUGCCUUCAACAGAACAGACGUCAUGUGGAGUUCUACUGCUACCCAGGUGCAGGACAUCUCUUGGAGCCCCCCUAUCUGCCCUUAUGCCAUUCCUCCUUCCACAAGCUAUUUCAGUUUGUUAUGCUGUGGGGAGGAAAACCGAGAGAGCAUGCAAAGGCACAGGAGGACGCCUGGCAAAGGAUACUGGCCUUUUUCAGACAACAUUUGCUGGAUUCUACUAUAAAAAGUUGUUUGUAGUCAGUUUUGUGUCUGUAAAGGAGCUGGUUAUUAAUUGAAUAAGGGUGUAUGCCAAGAGCAGGUGACAGAGUAAAACCUAGAAUGACAACUUCUGUAAAUGUAUGCAACUGCUUUGAGGUACACAAUAGAUCUCAGCUGUGGGAUUAGUCAGUGGAGGCUGGUGGUUCCAAUAACCACUCCGGCUUCAGUCAGAACCAGUCUAAAGGAGCUACCCAGAGUCCACACCUUGGAUAGCUCCUUUAGAGUUCUGAGUGCUUCUAUCUGAAACCUGGGUUGGAUUCACUUAGGGUGACCAUAUGACCUGAUUUGCCCGGAUUUGCCCGGGUUUUCGAUGGCAAAUCCGGGUGUGUGUGGGGGAAAUCCGGAUUUUUUUCAAAGAGCAGCUCUAAUGGGAAUUAACAAAAAUGCUUAUAACUCUGUCAUUUUUUAAGAUAAAGACAUGAAACUUGGCACAAUGGUAGCUCUUAGGAAGGGCUUUAGUUAUUCCAAAUUUGAAACAGAUCUGUUCAUCUAUUGAUUUUUUAGGAAUUUUUUAAAAAUUGAGGUUUUAAAAUUAUUAUUUUUUAAAUCGUCAUUUUUAAAGAUAAAGAGAUGAAACUUUGCACCAUGAAAGGAUUUAGGUAGAGCUUUAGCCACACCAAAUAUGAAACAGAUCCGUUCAUCCAUUGAUUUUUUUAGGAAUUUUUUAAAAAUUGAGGUUUUAAAAUUAUUAUUAUUAAAACCAUCAUUUUUAAAGUUAAAGAGAUUAAACUUUGUACCAUGAUAGGAUUUAGGUAGAGCUUUAGCCACACCAAAUUUGAAACAGAUCCGUUCAUCCAUUGAUUUUUUAGGAUUUUUUUAAAAAUUGAGGUUUUAAAAUUAUUAUUGUUUAAGCUGUCAUUUUUAAAGAUAAAGAGCUGAAAGUUGGCACCAUGAUAGCUUUAGGUAGAGCUUUAGCCAUACCAAAUUUGAAACAGAUCUGGGGCCAGUAGAAAAGCCUGUUAACAACAACAGCAGCUUGCAAUGAGUGAAGAUACAUACAGAAAAGAUAUUUGAGGGAAGGGGAGAAUGUAACACACAGAGUAUAACAAAAGCUUCAAAGUACAGCAAAACCUACAAAAGUAGGAGUGAGUGAAGUUAAUUUCAGAUACAUUGACUCUCUCACUUGUUCUUUAUUUCAGUGAUUUCAACAUUAAGAUGUUAUGUAGAACAGAUUUGUCGUAAAUGUGUGCUGUAAAACAUGUGACGAAGGCUAUGUUCGGGUGGGCACGCCCCCUUGGUACUGGACAAGCCCCCUUGGUACUGGACAAGCCCCCUUGGGGGCAACCAUGUUGUCCUCCUUUUUGGUUUCCAAAAUAUGGUCACCCUAAUUCACUGCCCCACUGACAUUGGAUCCAGCAGCUUCCACUGGGAUUUGUCAAUUUAUUUAAUGGUGCUUCUAGAUGGAGGGCCUUAGCACUUUGUUGGGAUAUAAGUAUAAUCAAAAUAUCUACCUCUCUGAAGUCAGCAGUAGAUUAAUGUAAAUGUUCAUAUCAAUGUACUAAUGAUGAAUGUAGAUUAAUGUAUUCGCUCAUAUUUGGAUUUAAAUCUCCAUUCCGUAGUAAGCAGAUGAGAUAUCUGACAUUAAUUGAAAGCAUUCUCUUGAUCUUUUUUACCUCACUAAAUUAGGAAUAAGACUGUCAUACGUUACUUUGACUUGAUAAUUUAGGAACGGAUAAUUCUGAGAAUUCUGGGUGGAUGUUUUAUUCACAUUUGCUUCUUUUUGUUCCAGAUAAUUCAAGUUGCCAAACCACAUGACAUUGUUCAUGUAGGGUUUUGCUAAUAAUACAAAGAUUCAAAAGAAUCCUGGGGAUGUGGACCCUUUGGCUAACCAUAUGAUUCAUAAUGAUUUAUAAUUAUUAUUACAUGUAUAUCUUGCCUUUUAUUCCUUUGCAAGGAACCCAAGUCAGCUUACAAGAUCUUCCUCCUCUCCAGUUUAUCCUCAGAACAACCCUGUGAGGUAGGUUAGGCUGAAAGUCAGUGAUGAGCCAAAGUCACCCAAGUGAGCUUCAUGACCAAUUGGGAACUAGAACCCAUAUCUCCCAAGUCCGAGUCUGACAUUCUAACCACUACACCACACUGGCUCACUAUAUCCUGCAACUAAUUUUCUGACAGGUUCACCAAGAUAGAUAGAUAGAGAUAGAUAGAUAGAGAGAAUCCUAAAUUUUCUUCAGUCUUCUAAAAAAGGCACCUGCUAAGGUUUUGGUGAUGUAUACAUUUAUUUUAUCUUUUUAUUAGUAGAUUAAAACCAGGUGAGUAAUCAAAAACUUUAUAGGUAUGACCUACUGAAAUCAAUGUGGCUUCAAUUGGCAUGACUAACUUACCUGCUAUGCAGCCAUGUGA